AUGAAUUCACCUGCACAUGAUGAGUUAAUAAUGAGGGAGAACACUGGAAAUGAAGAGUCUGGUGAUUCCACAAAUGUGAUUGCAUCGGAUGGAUGGCUUACUUUAACUGAAGCUUUUGAAUGUACGAAUUCAGUGUCCUUAAAAUUCCUGUCUUGUAAAUCGUUUGACGACACCAAAGAGGAAAUCGGUCACACGGAUUCUAUUCAUCUCUUAGAUGUAAAUAGUGAUUCGCCGAAUGACCCAGACACAUCAGUGUCGAAACAAUAUGUAACUGAACAAGUGUCCAUUGAAAAUUCCCAUCAAACUAACAGUUCUUCUCAAGUUAAUUUGGAACCAGCAAACGAGAUACCUUUGCAAUUAAAAGAAGAUCAAUGUAUUUCAGAAAAAGAACUUGAUAGUUCCAAAAUAGAUGACUGUACUACUGUACCAACUAGUGAAUUGGAGUACCCAGAGGUUCUUGAAUAUCGGAAUGUGGACUGGAUUUACCCCUCUCCAAAAGUGAUUGCUUGUGCCGAUGCUGAAUUUCGUUUAUCCGCAAAAUCACCUUCAGAUAAUUAUCUCCGAGGUUGUUUAUGGUCACCAGAUGGGUCUUGUAUUUUGACUAACAGUCAUGAUAAUGUUCUCCGUCUUUUCAAUCUGCCUUCAUCGGUUUUAUCAAAUGAUGACGCAGAACCUUCGUCUUCUGAACCCGAAGAAAUGAAAUCUGUUCUUUCCAUGCAUGAAAAAGAACUUAUUUACGACUAUUGUUGGUAUCCGCUGAUGUGCUCUGCUGAUCCACUUACUUGUUGCUUGGCUAGUACUAGUCGAAGAAAUCCAAUUCGAUUGUGGGAUGCAUUUAGUGGCAUAGUACGUGCAAAUUAUAUUCCUGUCAAUCACUUGGGUGAAGUUGUGUCUGCCUCCAGUAUAUCAUUUUCCUCGAAUGGUUUACGUUUAUAUGCUGGAUUUCAUCGGUACAUUCAAGUAUUUGAUGUCUGUCGUCCUGGUACAGAUUCGAUUAGACGACCGAAACUUGGAAGAAAGCCAAUCCAGGGUGGGAUAAUAUCUUGCAUCGGUGUUUUAAAUGAUCGUAGUCGAAACAUCUAUGCUACAGGUUCUUAUAAUGGUACAGUGUGCAUAUUUUCGGAACCUGGAAAUCUAAUUGCACGCUUGUUCAGUCAUCGAACUGGGGUUACGCAAGUAAUGCUUACAAAAACAUUUGCGGGAGAAAACGGUGCACCAUGGUAUGUUUUAGCUGGUGGUCGAAUGAAUUCGCGUCUAGUUGUUUGGGAUGCAAGAAAUUUGGUGGAACCAAUUACAAUAAUUCAUCGGCGUAUCGAGAAUCAUCAGAAAUUCCAGUUUGAUGUAGAACCCACUGGCUGUUACCUGUUUACUGGAAGUCAAACUGGUGUGGUAUGUGCAUAUGAUUUACCUGAGUGUAUCAAACAGUUUUGUGAAAAUGGUCAAACUUCUUACGCAUCGAGCUGGCGAGCCCAUUCGGAUAGCACAAAUGGAGUAAGCGUACAUCCUAGUCUUCCUAUUGUGGCUACUUCUUCUGGUCAACGGAGAGUAAAACAACCAACAUUCAAGCAUAAGAAAUGCAAAAUACAACGUACAAUGGAGACAUCCGAAGUUCAGCAUUCUCUUCCUAAUGUGAAUACCCCAUGCAACAAGUCUGAUAGCGACAGUGAUAGUACCAGCUGUGAUGAAAAAGUCUUAAAUGAUAAUGAAGCUGCUGUAAUGGCACCACCAGUUACCGGUAGUACUACAUCAAGUGAAACUGAUGGCACUACACUUGUUGAAGAAAUUCAAUUAGCUCUGAAAGGAGAGUUGACAUUGAUACCACGAGAAAAUCGUUUAAAUCUAUGGACGUUUCCUUUACUCGAAGCAACAUAA